CAUGGCUUCACUGUAUCUUCACCAACUAUAAAAAUUCCAUUUCUCUCUCUCUCUUGCUUUUGAGAGUUGCACAUGAAACGCUUGGAGAUGGUGGAAAAUAAUGCAACACCCUUCGCAACAAUGACCAGCUAGCGAACGCUUUCUUUGUCUCUGUUGUCUUCUAGCCAUAGUUUUGAUCACUUUUUUGUUUCCUUCUUUUUUUUUUAUUCUCUCUCUCUUCUUGGUAAUGACAAUGAUGAUGAUAAUGGGGGAACGAUUGGAGGAAUUUCUGCACCUGAUUUGAUAGAACAAGUGGGGUGGGCGAAAGAGAGCGGGGGAAAAUGUUCAGGUUGCACAAGAACCGGCAAGCGAAAUCAGGGGAGAAAUUUGAUUUCAAGCUCUCUAACUUCAAGGCAGUCCAGGUACCUAAAGGUUGGGAUAAGCUAUUUGUAUCUGUUGUCUCAGAGCAAAAUGGCAAAACGAUUAUUAGGUCAAGCAAAGCAUCAGUUCGUAAUGGAAGUUGCCAGUGGACUGAAUGUGUAUCAGAAUCCGUCUGGGUUUCACAAGAUGAAAUUUCAAAAGAGUUUGAAGAUUGUAAUUUCAAGCUUGUUGUGGCCAUGGGAUCGGGAAGAUCUAAUAUUCUUGGAGAGGCCGUGGUUAAUAUUACAAAGUACGCGGAUUCUAAAUCUUCUGCCGUCUCACUUCCACUAAAUAAGUGCGAUUAUGGGACCAUGUUAAUGGUAAAAAUCCAGUGCCUAACUCCAAUAUCAAAAGUAAGGAGUGGAGAUUUAAAACAGACCAAUUCUCGAAAAGAAGACUUGAAGAAAGAUGGUCAUGACUCAGAUAGCUUCUCAGAUAGAACAGAUAGCCAAUUGUCAAGAAGUAUUGGAUCUUCCUCUGGUGUAGAUCUAUACUCUAGCUUACACUCAGGAGAGGCUAGCAGCAAGGAAGCAAGUUUCUCUGCUUCCUAUUCACAGCUCAGCAAUGCUUCAUCUGAGGUUUAUGAAUCUCUAGAGAAUGACGCUGCAAAAAACAAUUAUGGCGAUAUUCAAAGACAAGAUUCGGCGAGCUCACAUUGUUCAUCACCUAAUUCUGUAAUUACUGGUUCAGCUGAAGCAACGACUGUUGCGGAACUUCGUGCAGAAGCUAGGAUGUGGGAGAGAAAUGCCCACAAACUGAUGGCUGAGCUCGAUCAGUUGAAGAAAGAGCUUUCAGAUCAAUCCCAUAACCAGGAGAGUUUGAAUAUUGCACUCUCAGCAGCAACUGCAGAAUGUGAUGAUUUGAGAAAAGAACUUGAGCAAAUGAAACAGUCGACUGGGAAGUCAACGCAGAGACAAACAACCAUCGAGGAUUUACCAUAUCAAGAUGGUGAACCACGUAUCCUAAAUGAAUUGCAAGRUGAACUUAAGUUCCUAAAAGAAUCAAAUGCUGAUUUAUCUCAGCAGCUAAAUAGAAGUCAAGAAUCAAAUGUUGAGCUUGUGGCCGUUCUUCAGGAGCUUGAAUCAAUUGCUGAAAAUCAAAAGUUGGAAAUAGAGGAACUUUUGGCACAGCACAGAGAAGACAAUGAUAACGAAAAUAUUGUUCGAGAAAAUAAGAAAUUGAUGCUUCAGUUGGAGCAUGUCAAGGAAUCAGAGAAAAAUCUUCAAUUGAAAGUAGAGCUACUGGAGAGAAACUUGGAGGAAACAAAACUUGAUUUACAGAAAUGCAAGGUAUCGAACCGAAGAUUCCCUCAGGAUACAGAUAGGGAAUUCGGUAGUAAGCUACAUUCUGUAGACACAAAUCUAGUAAAAGAAAUUGAAAUGUUGAAAGAAAAAGUGCAGGAGCUAGAAAAGGAUUGUAAUGAGUUGACAGAGGAAAACAUGGAGCUCUUGUACAAGCUGAAGCAAGCAAAUGACGAUUCUAAGGGAGAAGUUGCGGAUUUUGACUCCACGGAUGGUGACCAUUUAUCUAAUUCUUUUGUUAAUUUUGGAUUCGACACAAUAAAAAACAAACAUUCUAAACAAAAUAUAGAAGGAAAAUUGGAGGAAAGUCCAAAUUUGAUUGAGAAGAACGACAGUCAUUUCAAUAAAAAACUAGAGAGUAUGAUAUUUGAACUGGAAGUCCAAGUUGAAGAGCUGAGUAGGGAAUUGACUGAGAAAAAGCUGGAGAUUGGAAAACUUGAGUCUAGCAUGUUGUCCAAGGAUGACGAGAUUAAGAUCCUUGGAGAUUUGCAUAACAAAUUGCAAGUUAAGUAUUCUGAUCUUCAAAAAGAAAAAAAUGAUUUGCGAAAUGAAGUAAAGGAGCUUAGCAACAGUGUCGAUUUGCAUGUUUCUGCAAACGAGAUUCUUGAGAGCAAAUCUUUGGAGCUUGAACGUGAAAAACUAGAACUUGAACUCCAUAUAUCUCAGAUGGAACAAGAACGCAUGCAGUUGUCAGAACGCAUAUCUGCUUUGGAAUCUCAACUAAAAUAUGUGACAGACGAGAAGGAGAAUGACGCGCAAAACCAGUGUGCAGAAGCUCAAGAUCAAUGUGAGUACCUGCAAAGAGAAAAAAGGAAGUUGGAAGCUGCUGCUGAGCAUCUCGUUGAAGAACGCAAUUUGCUUCAGAAAUCGAAUGGAGAGCUGCAGAAAAAGAAUUCCGAGUUGCAUGAGAGUUAUUUCCGCUUGGAAUCGAAAUUGAAGGAGUCGCUUCAAAGGUAUGCACAAUAUUUCAGAAGGGUUGAUGAUUUCGAGGAAUAUCUCUCUCUUGGGUUGGAGGAUUUUGCCUCUAAAGAAAGAUUCCUAUCUUCGGAAUUAGAUUCACUCGUUGAGGAGAACAUAAAGUACAAAGAGGCAUCUGCCAUGUUUGAGAGCAUGUAUAACGAGGUAUGUUUGGAGAAGAAUGAUCUCAACAUUAAGCAAAUGGAAUCUGAUGAAAAGUUAACGGCUCUGGUCAGUGAGCUCUCAUUGUCAAAACAAAACCAGGAGAUACUGAUAUCCGACCAUGAAAAGUUAUUGAAGCAGGUGGAAAAUUACAGAUCACUCGAAGUCAAACUUGAGAACUCUGUCAAUGAUCUUGAAGAUUUUUCAUCGAGAAACAAUCUCGAAGCAACCAAGAAGGAUAAGGAGAAAGCGGAGGCAACUUUCGACCUGAUAUCGAAAGAGUGCGAAGAUUUGAGGACAGAGAAUAACUCCCUUCUGGAGAAGAUAAUAGUAUUGCAGAUAACUCUUGCUGAAUUAGAGAACAGCAAGCUUCUGGGAACGGAGAGUGAUGCAGUUGAAUACCAACAGAAAUUGAAAAUACUGGAGGAGGAGAAAGAUGAGUGGCUAAAAAGAUCUCAAUCCCUUGAAGCAGAACUGAAACUGUUAAAGGAGGAAAAACAGAAUCAGCGGGWGUCUAGCAGUGUAAAGGUUCAUGGUUUUUCCAAAACCAACGGCAAAAACAUGCCCAGUAAAGACACGAAGCUUCCAAAAAAUCACAGCGGUAAGAAGAAGCCUGCUUUAAAGAGCAGCCAAUCACAUGAGCAAGUGAAGGAUCCUAAGGACCCUAACAGUAAUCAAUCUCAAUCUCAAAUUUUGGAUGAUAGUGGAUAUGACGAAGAUUCUCAUGUUCCUGAAGCUGAAUUCUUUUCAAGAAUUCAGUUGCUCGAAAAGGAACUUGCUGAGGCUCUGGAAGCAAAGGAGAAUUAUAAAGUUCAGCUGAGUAGGCUUGUUUCAGAUAAUCAAAAGAGCAAAGAAAGAUCUCUCMCAUCAACAGUUGAAGGUGACGGAGUGGCAAAAGAAAGAUAUGAAAGCAUAAACUUGGCUCUUGAGGUGGAGUUAAAUGAAAUCCGUGAGCGGUACUUGCAURUCAGCCUAAAGUAUGCUGAAGUCGAGCAGGAGCGUGAGGAGCUUGUUAUGAAGCUGAGAGAAGCAGCAGCRCCCAAGAACGGAAGGAGGUGGUUCUCAUGAAAGUGAAAAAAAAAAAAAAACCAUGGCUUCUCUGUCCUUUGUUAAUACACCAGUCUCAGGGAGGUUUCUCUGCAGUCAUUUUCAGUUCUCACAUCAUGAUUUCAAUCAAGAGUCGAGAUUAAAUCCUAUUGGAGCACUGGUAUUAGGCUAACACAGCAAGAGACUACUAACAUCGGAGAGCACAUAUGAUUGUUUGAGAAGGAAGGAGGUGGAGAGUGUGAUGACUAACCUGAAGCUGAAGAAAUCGGCUCUGCAAGUUUCAUUGAUGGAAAGUCACUUUGUGUAAAGUAAAGCAAUAACAUGAAAGAUACCACAUUCUAAUUCUAUUUUUGACUUGCAGAAGGCUGAAAUGAUAUACAGCUACCAAUGCCCCUUUCUUUUUCAAAGAGCCAUAUUAAGAGUACACUACUAUCAGAGUUGUAACUCUGUCUAGAUAAAUAGUCUACAUAGUGGUGAUGGCGUGAUUGAUGUUGGAAUUUGGAGAGAGAAUGAUAACAUGUAAAGCAGAUGAGCACACUUCACUUUUGGUAUCAAAUAAUAUUCUUUUGUUGCCUUCCUCAGGUAUAUAUCUGUCUUGCUAACCUCAGCACAUGAAUAUGUUUUGCCCCUUACCUUUGUUGUAACGUCUAACUAAAUGAUGACCAAAGCCUUCUCCAAUUGCAAGGCAUUACGCCAUAGAAACUAAAACUGAACUUUCAAGACAACCUAGUUAUAAUACAAAUGGGAGCCGCAGAUCAUUCAAUCAUGGAAGGUACAAAGAAUUUGGAUGAGUUAGUUCUCCAAAUAUACAGCAGAUUCAGGUUCCUUUUUUUCCCCUAUCUACUUAGAUCAUUUGAAGAGACAUGCUUCUGCACUGUUGAUAAGAAUUAACAGUGAACUUUUGAAGUGACACAAGCCACUUACAUGAUUCAAUUGAUUUAAUAUUUUCAUCUACUAUUCAAAUUUCCUGUGGUUAAAAAAGAUUUACUAAAUGGUGUAUAUUUGAUCAUUUUGCUGAAAAGUAUGUGACAUUUGGCAGGUUUGUAGGAAUACCUCUGUUGGUAGGAGAAACAAUAGCCCAAUGUAGGUUGGUUGAGAGGCAAACACAAUGCAGGAAGGAAAGGAACAAAAGAAGAAGGUAGUGUUGUCACACUUGGAACAGAUUAAGAAGGUGGUAAGAGUAUAUCCCAUGGAAGAUGCUGAAUUUUGUUCAUAUUGCUUCCAUUUUUCACUCUUUAAUUGUUUUUGUUUUUUAUCUUUGUCGUGCUUUCGGCUCACGUUUCCUUUUUAACAAAAAAGUGGCCACACAGCGCUCUUGGGGUCACGUCAGUCACUUGAUUUGCCUUUCUUCUCUGCCCUGCAAAUCUCCUAUAACAACCAAUGCAGCUUCUUCACCAAACCCUCUUUACAACCGCACCCAACCCCACCACCACUUUCUUUCAUGCCCUUCAACCGCCGGCCGUCCCUGCGGCGGCCGGUGGCGGCGGAGCUUCCAUUGUAGGUGGAGAUGGUGUGAAGUUUGCUGCAGUUUUUCCCCCAUGCUCCUAGUUGACUCAGGCUAUUGAGGAGAUAUUAAUAUGAAGGUUUCUUGAAACUUUUUUUGUCUGUCUUCUUCAGUGGGGCAGAGGAAAAUUCUCUCGCUUCCUCUGUUAAGGGCAACUCCCGUCCUUUGGCAUUCAUCAAAUUUCCCAGAAAAAACAAAAAAUCUCACUGUUCUUCGCUUCUUCUGAUGUGGGCAUCGAGAAAGUCUGCAACUUUUCGACUCAGUCACUCGGAUUCUGCAGUAUUGUUCUUCUUUUACUCUUGUUUUUUCUUUUUCUUGCUUUGCUUUCUUCUAAUAAUGCAUCGCUCUUGAAAGCUCAAUGAAAUAUAAUUUGUUACA